AUGCAAGUAUCCAACAGUGGGUGUUCAAGUGAAAAAAGAAACGAAUUAAACAUUGAAAAAAAAAACCACCAGGAUGAUGCCGAAGAAGCAUAUUCUUCAAAAAGAAUUGAUUCUUCUACAUCUACUAACAAUAAAUGUGUUUUAUCAAUUGAUCUCCAGCAGUGCCUCCCAACUCCACUUUUAGAGUCUUCAGUUGCAUUUUACAAGCGCCAGUUAUGGACAUAUAAUUUAACUGUUCAUAAUAUAAAUACUUCAACAGCAUCAUGUUUUAUAUGGAGUGAACCUAUUGCAAAGAGGGGAGGGAAUGAUAUUGGUUCUUGUGUUUUUAAUUAUUUAAAAUGUCUCUUAACAGAAAUUAACCAUGUAGUCAUGUAUAGUGACUGUGGCUCUGGUCAAAACAAGAACAGUAUUAUGAUGGCAAUGGUUCUUUGGUUUAUGGAGCAUCAAGAUAUUGUCACUAUAAUUGAUCACAAAUUUUUAGUUCGGGGUCACACACGAAUGGAGUGUGACUCGGAUGAUCAUGCACGUAUUGAAAAAGGUUAG